CUGCAACCGCCGCUCCUGCAGCCACCUCUCUACCAACUUCCCCUUUGUCUCUCCCCAUUAGCUCAAAUAUUAAAAUACUGUCAAGGCCACAGAAUAAAACAACUUGCACAUUUUGCAAUUUAAUUGUUAGCAAAAAGAACAUAAAAGUACAUAUUCAGAGACGCCACAGAUCAAAUAUUGCUGACAUAACAUCAAGCCACCAUCUUCCAUCCCAGUGUGUUGACUAAAAGAAUGGAAUAUUUGUUGUAAAAAGAACAUUUUCUGGACCAACUGCACCUAUUCACGUUCAGAUUUGUACAUGGGGAGAAAAGCAUAAAGUUCUAUGUGAGGUGGAGCAAUGCAGACGGGCAGGGGAGUUUGCGAGAAGAAGUGGACUAAUGGGAUUUCAGUGUAUGUAUCUGAAAUCCAUAUCUCAUUGUCCCGUUUCGUCAGAUACAGCCACAGCCCUUAAAGAGGAAGUCCUGACAGAUAUGGUUGAACAAAAAUGGAUUUCUGAAAAAACAAAGCAGGUCUGUUUCGCCCACAAACAAGCAGCAGAGUCCGAGGGAUGCUCUCUGAGCGACGAGAUCAGACUCGGCAAAGGAGAAACUAAACUUUAUGUGUCUGUAAAGGAUACAGGCACAUCAUACUACUAUCGGUUAGGGAGAGUAGUGGUGUAUUAUGACAAAAAAAAAAUACUUGGCACUGCCCUCGUGCUAAGCCGAAAAACAGUUGUCUACAUAAGUCAAUUGCGAAAUGGCAUUUGAACCAAACACAUCCUAAACUUUUUCGAAAAGUUAGAUCAACAGACUCUGAUGUGUUUGAUGUUUUUGAAAGUCAUGGAUCUCAGGAUGGACACAGCACAGUGCAACAUUCAGCAUCUGUAUAUCCCCCCGAAGGAGAUGGUCUGAUGGCAAUGAUUAAUUAUUUGCUAAAGAACAAGAAAGUACCAAGUGUCUUGCCAGAUGACGUAUGUGCUCCACCCCACAUCAACACUUUGCCAAAGCACCUAAUCCCAAACGAAACAUUUUGUACGGUGUGUCCGGGAAAGGUGCCUCUUUCUGAACCAAUCCUGGUAUCGCAGAAAGCCAAGAUAGCCACGGUUACAGGUCUAGAAGAAGGUCUGUGUUUGUUAGAGAAACAUCAUAUAAGCAUGAUGUGCUAUUGUCAAAAAUACAAGAUAUCAUGAUCUUUCUCGCAUUUAUUAAAACUGAAACAUUCCAUUAAAAUACUAUAUUUUACGAUUCUUGUACAUUUAAGAGUAAUUUUCUUUAUCAUAGAUGUGUCCACCUAUUGCAAGAGGUGUGCGAUAUGUGGAACAUUCUACCGCUACCAGGAGUGGAGUGAGGGUCUGCACAACUUUGAUGACAGUGUCAUACUGACAUUACAUCUUUGCCUUUUCCUGAGACAGUCUGUGCUGAAUCAUACUGCAGUUGGAAGGGCUCUGGACAUCCUCGAGGAGCUUAAUAAGAAGAAGUAUCCAAACCAUGACUCCAUUCUACAUGGGUAUCUACAUUUUGAGGCACUGACAGAGCAUGACUACAAUUUUUCCUGUGUAAAUUGUGGGGUCCACCCACCUGUCGUUAUAAUGGACCUACACAAUAAAGGAGUUUUUAGUAUGCCAGUGAGUGACAUUGAAGAUCCCUCGCCAGAGUUUGAUGGACAUGUGGAUAUCGAGGCAUUUUGGCACUCAGUUGAGCGAGAGAUUGUUUGCAGGGGUUUUUUAAAAAGUAAUCGUGACAAUCCCUGCAAAGUCUCUCCUUCGUUUGAGAAAUGGGCGCCAUGGGUUGCACCAUGUUCAAGAGCUGGUAUAGCACAGAAUACAGAGUAUGCCAAACUGAUGACCAAGAAGUCUGGGGCAGAACAAGCUGACAUUGAGAUCUCAGAGGAACGUCUCUCAAGUGAACUAAUGAACUUGAAGGUUGACACUUUGAGAAAACUUGUUCGUGAGUGUGGUGUUGACUCAAGGGGAUCAAAAAUGGACCUCCUUAUGCGUUUAAGGGAAGAAAUGAAAUCCAGGAGCACCUAUGACAAAGUUUUCCAAAAAGUCUGGGGUGCAUCAGGUGGCUGAGUCAUCAUGUGCCCUUGUGGCAUUGUGAAUGCAGUGAAAUUCAAUUUAAGAGCAGAAAGCCCCAGAGACUUUGCGGACAUGUUGCUGUCCUUCAAACAUUUCCCGAAUAUUGUUAUUUAUGAUUUUGCACGAGGACUAGUGACCCACACCAACCUACGGGAGCCAGAGAGACUACCCUUCAGCCCACACGAAGGAAGACUGGCGCCAGCCACACCGGAAAACAUUUCAUGUGUCAAGAAUGGAAAAUUGCAAAUCAGUUUGCCUUGGUUGCAGCAAAAAAAAUGUCCACCGGAUCAAAAUGGCCAUCCUGAAACAGGCUCUGCAGAUCACUAUGCACUGUAUGACACUUUUCAUCAAUACAACACAAAAGAUGAAAAGGAUUGCCUAAGAUGCAUUGCCCUAGUACCUGAACUCUGUGGUUGGCUCAAUUCACAAACAGCAGAGCAGCUCUUCUCUGGAAUGCGCAAAAAUAACUACUUCAUGAACUGUCUUUCCCCAUCAAGCCAUUGUUUUCUGAUGCGCAACAUCUUACAUCACCAUAAUGAGAGACUUAAUCAGCAGGCCACCGACAGACUGAAGAAAACCUUUCAUGGAAAUGUCACCCUCAAUUCUGAUGGAAAAGCUGUCCUAGCGAUCUGCACACCACGUCCAUACAGUGCCUCAGCAUCUUCCUCUGACCAUGAAGCUUCCACUGUCUCUGUAAGCUCUACGUCAGCAGCCUCCUCUCUCCUUGCUGCAAACUCUGUGUCUUUGGCAUCAAGACCUUCAAAAUCAGAAGCCGCCAAAAAAUAUCAAGCAAAAGGUGAGGACAGCUUUGACUGUGGAUUGCAUUGUGAAGCUGAAACACAGGCAGGCAACCUCAGACCAUGUCGAGCCUCCUGGACAUUUAGAGACCACCCAGAGUAACAACAAUUGGUUGGUUCAUCACACACAACUGUGUAUGAAAGGAAUCUACCAAAGCUGGACUACAUUCUAGAUGAUAAACGACCAAAAAGUGAGCUUAUCGUCAAAGAUGGGAAAACAUGUCUGACAAGAGAAAAUUUUCUGACUUUGGGGCUUCGGUUGGACAUGGAUUCUGAGAUGGGAAAUGCUUGCCUACGCCUCGUAAAAGAGGUCCUGCAGACACAGGGGAAGUCUGUUCAUGUUCUUGACCUACAUAUUCUGCCAACAUGGCUGCCACCACUAAGCUGCAGCCCUUUACAGUCUUUGCCCGCAAACUCACAAGAAAUGGAUGCCAUUGUCAUUCCUCUCUGGGUUCCUGGACACUUCAUGUUGUGUUGAUCUUGCAAAGCAGCUGGUUCCAGGUCCCUGGAUUGAAAAAACAGGCAAAGACAUAGAGGGGCUUCCGAGACAGACACAUGCAAAUGACUGUGGCAUUUUUAUGAUAAUGGUAAGCUUUCAAACAUGGAACUUUCAAAUUAGCUGAACAUAUUUUCAGUACCUUAACCUGUUUAAUGUUUCUGACACAGUACGCCUGGUACCUCAUUCUUGGUGAUCCAUUUGACUUCACUGUUGUAAGUUGAACCGAUAAUUUGAUCGUUACAGUUCCUGUAAGUUUGACAAACUAGUGUGGAUAUUUAAAGUAGCAGCAACAUACAUGUACAUGAAGUUAAUCAUUGUGGAUUUGUGGAAUGUGCUCUUCCUAUAAGGACGACAUGCCAGUUCUGCGGAGAUGGUGGUGUUCCGUUAUUAUGGAAAACCUAAUCCUGGAAGGGUAUGAUUGAUUUAACCUUUGUUAGA